AUGGAGUCUACAAUUCGCCGAGACAAAACGAAACAUUCCAAGUCCAGACUGACUCACGCUUGUGCCCAAAAAGAUGCAUCUCAUGGUUCCUCGGCUGACAAUAGUCUUUUGUUGCAGCCCUUUCGUCAAGGAAGGAGGCUUUCAUAUGAAGCAGAGGCCAUGACUUUACUGUUCAAAAGACAUCUAUUGGCAAAUACCCCAGGAUUCGAACAUUGCGCAUAUAUUUGGUUCGAAUCUAGACCAGAGCUUGAGACCACUGGCUAUGUGCUCUUCGAUAGCGGUUGUAAGAAUUCCAACUGGGUGUCCCGUCACAUUGCAGUGGCAUGUGGAGCAGAUAUUCAAGUCCUACCAGAGCCGGUCUUCUUCCAAGCUGCAAACGGCGCACCACUCGCAGCCAGUGAAUUUGUCUCAUUGAACUUUUGCAACAUGUGUGGAGAUAAUCCCAAAACGUACGCUGCUACGUUUUACGUCCACGACAACCCGUCAUUUUGCGACGCCGUAAUUGGCCAAUCAUACAUGGUUCUACAUCGUAUGACCCAAGGAGUCAACUUUGGGAUAUAUUCUGAGCAGCAAACACCAGAAGAAAUCCACGCAAACAAGACAAAUGACGCCGCAAAUGUGGCAGAGGCUGGAUAUUAUGGGCGCGCUAGAGAGGCCGAGAAAGAAAAAGAUAAGAAAAAGAAGAGUGACAAGAAAAAGUCUAGUCAUGGCCAUGGUAAAAAAGGUAACUCGAAGGGGGGUUCACGAGCAUAA